UUAAGUAUAAUUUUACUGUAUGCUUGUUCAUCUACUUCUAUCGAAUGCACAGCUUUUGGAGCGACUUCGAAGGCUGAAAACACAGGAAAUACCAUGGGUUGCUUGGGAUCGAAGGAGGAUAGUAACGCAAAUGAAGAAACCAAUGAAAAACCGACGUUCAGCUGGGAAAAAGGACCCCGCUUAGAUCCCAAGGAUUACACUAUCGGAGAUUUGACGGGCGAACUUGCUGCGAAAAUGCCUGGCGAAAUUAAUGGCCAGCAGUUCAUCAUUCAAAACAACAAGGAAUGCAGAAUCUUCAUUUUGGAUCAUGCAGAUACCAUAACAGUAGAUGACUGUGUAAAUUGCCAGAUUGUGAUUGGCCCAUGUGCAGGCAGUGUGUUUUUUCGAGAUUGUCAAGACUGUAAGGUUUUGGUUGCUUGUCAACAGUUUCGAACUCGAGAUUGCAAGAAAAUGGACUUCUUUUUAUGUUGUGGUACACAACCUGUGAUAGAAUCUUCAAAAGGAAUGAAGUUUGGUUGUUAUCAGUAUUAUUAUCCUGAGCUAGAAGGCCAGUUUGAGGCAGCAAAACUAAGCUUAUACAAUAACAACUGGAGCAAUAUUCAUGAUUUCACACCAGCUGCAGGAGAAACAACUUGGGGCUUAAUUCCAGAGGAGGAUGCAACAAAUAUUGGAACUUUUAUACCAACACCAGAAGAAUACAGAGAUAAGAAUAUUUCAAGUGAUACCUCCAUGAGUGUUGUUCCACUAACACUUGGAUCAAGACGAAAACCACAUGAUGAAUCUUGUCUUGUGGUGUUUUUCCAAUAUCCUGAAAUGAAAUCACAUGUCAGACGAUUGAUAACUGAUCAGAAGCGUGAGAGAAAUCAAGUGCUUGUCCAAACCAAGGAAGUUAGUAUGAAACCAGAAGACGCAGCCAGAAUAUUUCAGUCCGAAGAAUACAGAGCUGCUGCAGAUAGAGGUUUGUGUACUUUGUAAUAGGAUAAUUUUAAUGGUUUUAGAGAACAUAACCCCUCUCUGCUGGAGAUAAUAUUCUGUUAACUGUUUCAAUGCAAUGUCAAAUCCAAUUAAAUGUCGGUUUGGGGGUAAUUAAUUACUCGGCUGAGGAGAUAAUGGUCCAUAAUUUGGACAUAAUGACUUACAGGACUGAAGAAGACCUUAACGUAAUUACCCAUCUAUGAGAUAACAAUUUGCUUGGACACUACACCCUGCAUGGUAAAAGCAGGUGCCCUUUUUUCUUUCUCGGAGAGAAGUUAAUAGAAACCUUUGGAGGUUAGCCUUAAAAAGUUUGAGAAAUUUUUGUACAAGUACUGUGAGAGGGCAAACGUCGAAACGGUCCUCUCGUCAAGAAGCCUCACCCUCUUAGCUACGCCCCUUUUUUUCUGUUGAACUUUGUCAGAGGCCUAAUGCUACAUGUAUUCUAAAUAAUGAGAUUUUUUCGUGCGAGUGUCAAAGAUGGCAAGGGUAAGCUUUAGAAAGUCCAGUCUACAUUUAAUUGAAGAGUAGUGG